AUGGGUGCCAUAACCAGUUGCUGUUGUCAUUGUUGCGGGAAAACAUCGAAAAAAUACCAGAGCGGUGAUUAUGGGUUAGCUCGUGGUGGUAGCAACUCAAAUUAUCCAUACAAUGGUGGUGAGAAUUCUCCUGGAUCUUACGAUAAUAAAAUUCAUGUUUCGGAAAUCUAUGGAAAUAAUUCUGAUGUUGAGCUUGCACCGUCCGAUAAUCCAACUACAUCAACAUAUUUCGCAUCUAUGCUUCAACAUACAAAAGAAUCAGCCACACCUUUGCCAAUACCAACAAUUGUACAUGAGAAUGUCAUUAGUUCAGCUCGAGACAAAUCAUUUCGGCAACCGAUUUCACCCAAUCGUAUGCGUGAUCCUGUACAUACGUUACAAAAACACUCAAAUUCAUGUUCGACAAUCUACGUCGAUGAUUCAACUGUUUCUCAGCCCAACUGGAAAGCAAUGAUCAAAUGUGUCAGUAUUGCCAUACAUUCGCACAUUGUGCAUAGGAAAUCCAAUAAAACAUUGAGUAUAUUCGAUGAAAAACUCCAUCCAUUAACGAAAGAUCGAGUGCCUGAUGAUUACGAUCAGCAACUACCAGAACAAAAAGCAAUCUAUCGAUUCAUGAGAAUCAUUUUUACAGCUGCACAGUUGACUGCUGAGUGUGCUAUUGUAACAUUGGUUUAUCUCGAACGUGUUCUAAGUUACGGUGAACUUGAUCUAUGUCCAUCGAAUUGGAAACGCUUAGUUCUGGGCGCAGUCAUGUUAGCAUCGAAGGUUUGGGACGAUCAAGCCGUAUGGAAUGUGGACUUUUGUCAAAUAUUGAAGGAUAUUACAGUUAGUGAAAUGAACGAAUUAGAACGUGAAUAUGUUCAAUUACUUCAGUUCAAUGUUAAUGUUGGUUCAUCAAUUUAUGCCAAGUAUUAUUUCGAUCUACGGCAAUUAGCCAAAGAGAACAAAAUCUCCUUUCCCGAUGAAUUAUUAACCAAAGAGAAAGCUAUUAAAUUAGAAGCAUCAUCAAUCGUUAGUUAUAGUUUACAGGCUCCACUUAACACGGCAAAUGCUGCUCAGCCGCUACCACCAAACCCGCAUCAAACCUCAGUCCCAAAACAGUCAUUUAUACCAUUAAUCUCAUUACGUCGUUCGGCCAGUGUCGAAUUUACACAAUCACCUCGGAAAUCUCUUCUAAUUAUAUCUUAG